UCUUUUUAGUGUUCUAAAUACUGAUCACCAUGCUAUUAUCAAGACAUACUUAGAACUAAGGAUACCCAAUAUCGUCCUCGAUCCAAAUUUGGAGGCAAUAGAAUCGGUUUUCGUCUCUGUUAUAGCCAAUUUAAUGGAAACUAAUAUGUAUUAUUCUUCGUGGGGACAAAAGAGAGAAUUCACCUACGACUCCAAUGUAUUGAAAGAUCCCAAAUUCAAGAUAGUGGUACCGGAAAAAAAUUAUCAUAAGAUAGUAACUGAAAACAAGGAAAUUGUUCGUGUAUACAUGAGCUUACAAGGAUUAAUUUUUCUUCUUCAGCCAGAUAUCAAGAAAAUCAUUUCGGAAUAUCUCAAAUACUCGUAUAUUUGGUCCGAGAACAGAGAAGAAAAAAUCGAAGAAUUUUGUGUAAGCAACCCUCUUACCGUGGAAAUUGUGGAACGGUUUCAGCAGUAUGUAGCGGAAAUUGAUGCUCUGAAAAGUCUACCUGAUUAUGAAGAGGUGGGACCAAUCAGAAUAUCACUAGAAAAUUUCAAAUUAGCAGCUGUAAUAGAAGCAAAUGCUUGGAAGGUUAUUUUGGGAAACAAACUUGUCGAAAAGAACAAGAAGAAAUUGAACGAAAUGGUGGAUUUUAUAAAAGCACAAGAAAAAAUCAUGAAUAAACCCAUUAGAGAUUUGGAUGAAUGCAGGACUGCCCUUCUAUGUCUUGAACUUAUACGAGAUCGCUUCAUUGAAAUGGAUAUGGAACUUAAUUUAAUGGAAGAGACUUAUGCUGUCUUUCACAAAUUCAAAAUAGACACUCCGAAAGAGGACAUUGAAAGGAUUGAUACUUUGAGAUUUAAUUUUGAAAAUAUGAAUAAUCACGCAAAGCAGGUCCAAUCCAACAUUUCACAACUUCAAGGGCCCCUGCUCCAAGAAUUGACCGAAGGUGUGGAAAAUUUCAAGAUCGAAGUUGAAAAAUUCGAUAAGGAUUUCGAUGAGGUCGGUCCAAUGGUACCGGGAUUGUCAGCCAGAGAGGCGAGUGACAGGGUGUUGAUUUUCCAAGAUCGGUUCGAUGAUCUCUGGAGGAAGUACGACAUGUAUAGCAGCGGUGAGCGACUGUUUGGACUGGAGGUAAAUGAAUAUCCCAUACUCUGGAAGAGGAAGAAGGAAUUCAAUCUGUUGAAUAAGCUGUACGGACUCUAUUUGGCUGUCAAUCACAGUAUUGAUGGCUAUAAUGAUAUACUUUGGACAGACGUUGACAUAGAACAGAUUCUGAAUGAGUUGAUGGAUUUCCAAAAUAGAUGUCGUAAACUACCCAAAGCACUUAAGGAUUGGCCCGCAUUUUUAGAUUUGAAGAAAAAAAUCGACGAUUUCAGUGAAACAUGCCCACUUUUAGAGCUAAUGACCAACAAGGCCAUGAAAGAGCGUCAUUGGAAGAGACUAUCAGAGGUUUGUCAUUAUAAUUUCGACGUGGAUAAUCCAGCGUUCACUCUAAGGGGUGUAGUGGAAGCGCCGUUACUUCAAUAUAAAGACGACGUUGAAGAUAUCUGCAUAAGCGCUGUUAAGGAGAAAGAUAUAGAAGCCAAACUGAAGCAAGUCAUUGCGGAUUGGGCAAUUGCUGAUUUAUCAUUUUCGAAUUUCAAAUCGAGAGGUGAAUUGUUACUGAAAGGUAGCGAAACAGGGGAUAUUAUAAUGGCCUUGGAAGACAGCUCUAUGAUAAUGAAUGGAUUGCUUAGCAACAGGUACAAUCAGCCCUUCAAAAAAGAUAUUCAAUUGUGGGUUCAGAAGUUAGUGAACACUUCGGAAAUUCUGGAAAAAUGGCUUCUCGUUCAAAAUCUUUGGAUCUACUUGGAAGCGGUGUUUGUCGGAGGAGAUAUUGCUCGUCAAUUGCCAGCUGAAGCGAAGAGGUUCAGUAACAUAGAUAAAUCCUGGGUGAAAAUAAUGGCUAGAGCACAUGAAGUCACAAAUGCUGUGGACUGCUGUACCGGAGAUGAAACGAUGGGACAAAUUCUACCGCACCUCCUAGAACAAUUGGAGAGUUGUCAAAAAAGUUUAACUGGAUACCUUGAAUCGAAAAGACUCUUGUUCCCAAGAUUCUUCUUCAUUUCUGAUCCUGUUCUGUUGGAGAUCUUAGGACAAAGUUCGAAUCCAGCUUCUAUACAGCCUCAUUUGCCCAGCUUAUUUGAUGCAAUUUAUUGGGUUGACUUCGACGAAAAAAAGACGGAUAGUAUAGUAGCAAUGAAUUCUGAUCUUGGAGAAAAAGUUCCAUUCGAGAAACCAGUACAAUGCUCUGGUGCUGUAGAAUCUUGGCUCACACAGUUGCUGAUCACCGUGAAGGAAACUGUAAGAAACGUUAUAGCGACUCAGGCUCAGUGUCUGAACGAUCCUGAAUAUAAUUUCGUCGUUGGAUUUCAGCAGUUUUGUGGACAGGCUGGACUUCUUGGACUACAAUUACUGUGGACUUCGAAUGCAGAGCUAGCCUUGAGGAAAUGCAAAAUUGAUCGCAUGAUUAUGAAGAAUACCAAUCAGAAAUUCUUAGAUCUCCUCAAUGCUCUCAUAGACUUAACUUCGAAAAAUUUAUCCAAAAUGGAAAGAGUACGAUUCGAAACUAUGGUUACUAUUCAUGUCCAUCAGAGGGAUAUAUUUGACAACAUAGUCAAAUUAAGAAUUAGGUACUUGACAGAUUUCGAAUGGCAGAAACAGAGUAGAUUUUACUUCAAUGAAGACACCGAUGAAACAACUGUCAGGAUAACAGAUGUUAUAUUCAUAUAUCAAGAUGAAUAUCUUGGUAUAACUGAACGAUUAGCUAUAACACCUCUAACGGACAGAUGCUAUAUCACUUUGGCCCAGGCGAUAUGGAUUAAUAUGGGAGGAGCUCCAGCUGGACCAGCAGGUACUGGAAAGACGGAAACAGUCAAAGAUAUGGGAAGAGCUCUUGGGAAGUUCGUUGUAGUCUUCAAUUGUUCUGACCAGAUGGAUUUCAAAGGACUUGGAAGGAUUUUCAAGGGCCUAGCACAAUCUGGAACCUGGGGUUGCUUCGAUGAAUUCAACAGAAUCGAAUUGCCCGUACUAUCCGUAGCCGCCCAACAAAUAUACAUUGUUUUACAAGCUAGGAAAGAGAGAAAAUCAACCUUUAUUUUUAUGGACGGCGACAAUGUAUCGAUGAACAUAGAGUUUGGCAUAUUCUUGACGAUGAAUCCAGGCUACGCUGGACGUCAAGAACUGCCGGAGAAUUUGAAAAUUAUGUUCCGCAGUGUUGCUAUGAUGGUACCUGAUAGACAGAUAAUCAUACGUGUAAAACUGGCCUCUUGUGGUUUUCGGGAAAAUAUAAUUCUGGCUAGAAAAUUUUUCACUUUGUAUCAACUUUGUGAGGAGCAACUUUCCAAACAGGUUCAUUACGAUUUCGGACUGAGAAAUAUCUUAUCAGUUUUAAGAACUCUUGGUGCGCAAAGGAGGAGUAAUCCUAAUGAUACUGAGGAGACCAUAGUCAUGAGAGUACUCAGAGAUAUGAAUCUGAGUAAGCUCGUAGAUGAAGAUGAAGCUCUCUUUCUCUCCCUCAUAGAUGACACAUUUCCUGGUAUAAAAUUGACGACAUUUUCUUGGAAGGAUCUACAGAAGGCAUUGGUGAAGAAUAUAAGUUCAUUAGGAUUGGUUAAUCAUCCAAAUUGGAACCUGAAAAUAAUACAACUGUAUGAAACAUCCCUCGUGAGGCAUGGUCUGAUGGUUUUGGGUCCCACCGGUGCAGGGAAGACGAAAUGCAUGCUUUGUUUAAUGAAAGCAAUGACUGAUAUGGGACAACCACAUAAAGAGAUGAGGAUGAACCCAAAGGCGAUCACAGCUCCCCAAAUGUUUGGUAGGCUCGAUGUUGCCACCAAUGAUUGGACUGAUGGCAUUUUUUCAACUUUAUGGAGACGAACAUUGAAACUAAAAAAAUCAGAUUUCUGUUGGCUCGUUCUAGAUGGGCCGGUGGAUGCAGUUUGGAUCGAAAAUUUAAAUUCAGUCCUAGAUGACAAUAAAACUCUAACUUUGGCCAACGGCGAUCGUAUAGUAAUGGCAGCAAAUUGUAAACUAGUUUUCGAGCCCGACAACGUGGAUAACGCCAGUCCAGCUACAGUUUCCCGGAUGGGCAUGGUAUUCAUGAGUGCGUCUGUUUUGCCAUGGUCGCCGAUUCUAGAGGCAUGGUUGAAAAAGAGAUCGAAUCAGGAGGCCAACGUCCUGAAGAAUUUAUUCAAUUCGAUCUACGACGAUCUGCAACUUCUCAUUUUGAUCAAGUUGAAACCAAAGAUGUUUUUAAGGGAAGCCAUGUAUAUAAGACAAUGCUGUGAUGUUCUUCAGGGGAUACUGGAUAUCAGAGAGGAAGCCAAAACAUGGACGGAUAAACAGCUCGAACGUCUCUUUCUCUUUUCCCUAAUGUGGUCUCUAGGAGCUCUUCUGGAACUUGACGAUAGAUUGAAGAUGGAGGGAUUCGUCACCAAGCACCCUUCCAAUUUGGAUUGGCCAAAAUGCGGAGACAAUGAAACAAUAUUCGAAUUUUUGGUGAAUCCCGAUAAUGGCAGAUGGCAACAUUGGUCGGAAAGAGUGGAACCCUUCAUAUAUCCAUCGGAUUCUAUUUUAGAAUUCACUUCAAUUCUCGUACCCAAUGUGGAUAAUGUACGCACGAAUUUCCUGAUAACAAAUAUAGCGAAACAACGAAAGUCGGUGUUAUUGAUAGGUGAACAAGGAACAGCGAAAACAGUUAUGAUUAAAGGAUAUAUGUCAACAUUUGAUGUUGAAUAUGCUUUGAGCAAAAGUUUUAAUUUUUCAUCAGCAACAACACCUAACAUGGUUCAGGUGAAUCUGAUGAUGGAAUGACUUGAUAAUUAUUGUUUAUUUAACUACACAUUUCAGAGAAUCAUCGAAUCCUAUGUUGAUAAAAGAGUAGGGACAACAUUUGGGCCACCAGCAGGCAAAACACUUUCUGUUUUCAUUGACGAUAUCAAUAUGCCUGUUAUCAAUGAUUGGGGUGAUCAAAUAACUAAUGAGAUUGUCCGACAACUCAUGGAAUGCGGAGGAUUUUACAGUCUGGACAAACCAGGGGACUUUUCAACUAUAGUAGAUAUGCUAUUUUUAGCAGCAAUGAUACAUCCUGGAGGAGGUAGAAAUGAUAUUCCUCAUCGAUUGAAGAGACAAUUUUGUAUUUUUAAUUGCACCCUUCCAAGUACCGUUUCUAUGGACUUAAUAUUUCAAAAGAUAGCAUGUGGAUAUUUCUGCCCAGAACGCUUCGAACCUAAUGUAGUGAGUCUGGUGGAAAAACUUGUUCCACUCACACGAAACGUGUGGCAACAAACAAAAACAAAAAUGUUACCAACUCCCGCGAAGUUCCACUAUGUGUUCAAUCUACGAGAUCUGUCUAGAAUUUGGCAAGGAAUGUUGACUGUGAAAUCAGGAGAAUGCAAAUCUUCCGAGCAACUUUUGAAGUUGUGGAAACACGAAUGCAAUAGAGUUAUAUCUGAUAGGUUCACAGAAGUUGCUGACAAGGAAUGGUUCUCGGCAAAUAUGAUGAAAAAUGCAGUAUCAGAUUUGAGUGGGAUUGUGGAAAGCGUACCGGAAGAAGACACUUUCUGGGCAGAUUUCCUCAGAGAUCCUCCAGAACCCACGGGAGACGAACCUGAGGAUUACGUGAUUGAAAUACCGAAAGUUUACGAGGAAGUACCAACGCGAGAAUUCGUGAAGGAGAGGCUAUACAUGUAUAUGGAAACCUAUAACGAGUCAAUUCGUGGUGCAUCCAUGGAUUUGGUUUUCUUCGACGAUGCUAUGAUCAAUCUUCUCACCAUAUCCAGAAUAAUAAGAACAUCUAGAGGAAACGCCUUAUUAGUUGGCGUUGGUGGCUCAGGAAAACAAAGCUUAACCAGACUAGCUUCGUUCAUUGCACUCUAUAAAAGCUUUCAAAUUCAGCUCACUAGAUCAUACAAUAUUGGAAAUUUGAUGGAUGAUUUGAAAUAUCUGUAUAGAGUAGCUGGAUUGGAAGGUCACGGAAUAUCCUUCAUAUUCACCGACAAUGACAUAAAAGACGAGACAUUUUUAGAGAGUAUGAACAACAUCCUCAGUUCAGGUGAAAUAGCCAAUUUAUUCCCCAAAGAUGAAAUAGAUGAGAUUCAAUCAGAAUUGAUACCCGUCAUGAAGAAAAUCCAACCGAAGACACCUCCUACUGUUGAGAAUCUUUAUGAAUUUUUCAUUACAAGAGCUGUUUCCAAUCUCCAUGUUGUACUGUGCUUUUCGCCAGUUGGCGAAAAAUUCAGAAGUCGUGCUCUAAAAUUCCCCGGAUUGAUUUCUGGGUGCACCAUUAAUUGGUUCUCCAGAUGGCCUAAAGCUGCUCUAAUUGAAGUAUCCACGCAUUUCUUGAAGAAUUUUCCGAUGGUUGCUGUUCCCGAGGUUAAAGAAGAACUUGUGAACGUAAUGGGCGAGAUACAAGACGGAGUUGCAGAAACAUGCAAUUCUUACUUCCAAAGAUUUCGUCGUAGGGUCUUCGUCACUCCCAAAACCUACACGUCAUUCCUGAACACCUAUAAGCUAUUUUACAAGGAAAAGUUCGAUGAAAUCAAUACUUUGGCCGAUAGAGUCAAGAUUGGUCUCAAAAAACUGGUAGAAGCUCAACAAAAUGUAGACGAACUCAAGGAAGAACUCAAACUCAAGGAGGUGGAGAUGAGUGUAGCCACAGAAGCAGCGGAUAAGGUUUUGAAUGAAGUGUUGGCCGCUUCCGAAAUAGCGAACAAAAUUAAAGAAGAUGCUGCGGUGGUGAAAGACAAAGCCGAAACGCUAGUGAUUGCGAUUAGUGCAGAUCAGAAAGAAGCGGAAGGUAAACUGCUUGCCGCUAAACCAGCAUUAGAUGCGGCUGAAGCUGCAUUGUUGACAAUCAAAGCAGCUGAUAUAGCAACUGUAAGAAAACUAGGAAAGCCUCCAUAUCUGAUCACGCUCAUUAUGGAUGCUGUUCUAAUAUACUUCAAGAAGAGAUUGGAACCUGUCAAACCGGAUUACGAAAGGAAAUUUCUUCAAGCAUCCUGGAAUGAAUCUUUAAGGGUAAUGGCAGACACCAGAUUUUUGAGCAAACUUCAAGAAUAUCCGAAAGAUACUAUAAACGCUGAAAUUAUCGAUCUUAUGUUGCCUUACCUAAGUAAUGAACUAUACACCUACGAAAAUGCGAAAACAGCUUGCGGAAACGUCGCUGGCUUGGUUUCAUGGACAAUAGCGAUGGCUGCAUUUUACGAAGUUAACAGAGAAGUUCUGCCACUGAAGACUAAUCUAGCAAUUCAACAAGCAAAGUUGUCGAAAGCUCAAUCCGAAUUAGAUUCUGCUAUGGAAUUAUUAGCAAGUAAAGAGAAUGAAGUCAGACAGUGUCAGAUGCUUUACGAAGAGGCAAUGGCUCAUAAACAGGAAGUUUUCGAUGAUGCUAUGAAGGUAAAGAAUAAAAUGGACGCGGCCACUGCUCUCAUAAGCGGUUUGUCUGGGGAGAGAAUCAGGUGGACAGACCAACUGACUCAUUUUAAAGCCGAAACUGAAAGAUUAGUGGGUGAUAUUGUCCUAUUGGUUGGUUUUCUCGGAUACUCAGGACCCUUCAACCAAGAAUUCCGUUCGACUAUGCAGUUGUCAUGGUUGAACAUGCUUAUAGACAAAAAAAUUCCUGUGACGGCGACUUUGAGCCUCAUUGAAAGUUUGACAGAUACUGCAACAGUAAGUGAAUGGAAUUUGGAGGGACUACCAAACGACGAGCUAUCAAUUCAAAAUGGUAUUAUUGUGACUAGAGCGUCAAGGUAUCCUUUGCUCAUUGAUCCACAAAACCAAGGAAAAAUGUGGAUAAAGAAUAAAGAACUUAAAAACCAUCUUCUUGUUACUACUUUGGGACAUAAAUAUUUCAGAAACUACAUAGAAGAUGCUAUAUCCAUAGGAUAUCCAAUAAUAAUCGAAGAUAUUUCGGAGGAAUUGGAUCCUGUCCUAGACAAUGUACUAGAGAAGAACUAUAUCAAACUUGGAUCAACCUUCAAAGUGAAAGUUGGAGAUAAAGAAGUGGAUGUACAUAAAGACUUCAAACUUUACAUCACAACCAAAUUGGCCAACCCUUCGUAUACGCCAGAAAUUUUCGCGAGAACUUCAAUCAUUGAUUUCACGGUUACCAUGAAAGGUUUGGAAGACCAGCUAUUAGGACGGGUUAUCAUGACUGAGAAGAGAGAGUUGGAGACUGAAAAAACAAACCUCAUGAUCGAAGUGACAGCUAACAGGAGAAAAAUGACGGAAUUAGAACAAAACCUUCUGUAUAAAUUAACAACCAUACAGGGUUCCCUUCUGGAUGAUGUUUCAGUAAUUGAAGUUCUCAACACGACCAAGAAUACGGCCGCUGAGGUGAAAGAACAACUAGCUGUAGCUAGAACAACAGAAAUAAAAAUAAACGCUGCUAGAGAAGAGUUCAGGCCUGUUGCAACAAGGGGAAGUGUACUGUAUUUCAUCGUUGUUGGUAUGUCAAUGGUGAAUUAUAUGUACCAAACCUCUCUGGUACAAUUCUUAGAAAGAUUUGAUAUCUCGAUGGCGAGGUCCGACAAGAGUCCCGUUACCAGCAAAAGAAUAAUAUCCAUAAAUGAUUAUCUCACCUACGAAAUAUUCAAAUACAAAUCGCGAGGCCUAUACGAAAAGCACAAAUACAUGUUUGUUCUUCUGUUAGCACUGAAAAUUGAUCUAGAGAGGAUACACAUCACCCACGAGGAAUUUCAAAAUUUCAUAAAAGGUGGUGCAGCUCUAGAUCUGAAUACUUGUCCACUUAAACCAGCCAGGUGGAUAACGGAUUUAACUUGGCUUAAUAUAGUACAACUAUCUUCCUUGAGGCAGUUCCAGUAUAUCAUUCAACAGGUUACCGAAAAUGAAAGACUUUGGAAAUCAUGGUUCGAUAAAGACGCUCCGGAGGAAGCCGUUUUUCCUCUCAACUAUGGAUCACUAGAUACCUUCAGGAAACUGUUACUGAUAAGAGCAUGGUGUCCUGACAGAAUCAUGGUGCAGAGCAAAAAAUACAUCACCCAAUCGAUGGGUGCUAGGUUCGCGGAACCAAUGUUACUGAAUUUCGAAGCUAUGUAUACGGAAUCCAGAUCUUUAACGCCUAUGAUUUGUUUUUUGAGUACGGGAUCUGACCCAACGCCCUACAUCGAGCAACUUGCCAAAAGGUUAGAAUUCAGGUGUAAAUCCAUUUCGAUGGGCCAAGGACAAGAGAUUCAUGCCAGGAAACUACUGACGGAAGCCAUGAACGAGGGAUUCUGGGCUCUAUUACAGAACUGUCACUUAUCACUAGAUUAUAUGCAAGAGGUACUUGUACAGUUCAUGGAACUAGAAAAAGGGGGAACAUUCAAUAAAGAUUUCAGGCUGUGGUUGACAACGGAGAUGCAUGAAAAAUUCCCCAUCAGUUUACUACAGAUCUGCAUCAAGUUCACAAAUGAAGCACCAUCCGGUAUGCGCGCUGGUUUGAUACGAACCUAUACCUCUAUGAAUCAGGAUCUGUUAGAUUACUCGGAUUCAAAGCAGUACAUCCCACUGAUAUACGCUAUUUCCUUCCUUCACACCGUGGUUCAGGAAAGAAGAAAAUUCGGUCCGCUGGGCUGGAACAUUCCAUAUGAAUUCAACUCCGCUGAUUGGCUUGCCAGUUGUUUGUUCUUGCAGAAUCAUUUGGAGGAGGCAGAUGCGAAAAAAGGACUAAGCUGGACGACGCUUAGAUACAUGUUGGGCGAAGUUCACUACGGAGGAAGGGUAACAGACGAUUUCGACAAAAGACUUCUGAAUACGUUUUGCAAAGUUUGGUUCACCGACAAUGUAUUCAAUGAAGAUUUCUGUUUCUAUAGGGGCUAUAAAGUAAUUGUUUUCAAACAAGUAACCGAGUACUUGGAAUAUUUCAAAACUAUGGCGCCAACAGACGUUCCACAGGUCUACGGCCUGCAUACGAAUGCAGAUAUAACCUAUCAAACAAAUGCAACUUCAGAUAUGCUUGCCCAAAUGCUUUCUAUACAGCCGAAAGAAGUUGGAGCUAGCGGCGGAGAAACAAGAGAAGCUGUAGUUUAUAAGCAAUCACAGGAAAUGCUGAAAAAACUACCGCCACCUUAUGAUCCUUUCGAAGUGAAAGACCGUAUAAGAUCCAUGGGUCAUUUAAAUCCCAUGAACAUAUUCCUUCAUCAAGAAAUCGACAGAAUGCAGAAGGUUUUGAUAAAUAUCAGACAAACAUUGCAAGACCUUCUACUAGCUAUUGAUGGAAUAAUAAUAAUGAACGAAGUUCUUCAGGAUACUUUAGAUAAAAUAUACGACGCUUUGGUUCCCAACAUCUGGAAGAGGGGCUCCUGGGCAGCUGCAACUUUGGGUUUCUGGUUUACAGAAUUAAUAGAGAGAAAUAAUCAGUUCAACGACUGGUGCUUCAAAGGAAGGCCACCUAGAUUUUGGAUUGCAGGAUUUUUCAAUCCCCAAGGAUUCUUAACUGCAAUGCGACAAGAAGUUUCCAGAGCUCAUAAAGGCUGGGCUUUGGAUCAAGUUACUUUAUUCAACGAGGUCACCAGCAAAAUGAAGGAAGAUAUUUCAUCAGCGCCUAACGAAGGAGUUUAUGUUUACGGUCUAUUCUUAGAUGGAGCAGGUUGGGAUAGAAGAAAUUCGAAGCUCAUGGAAUCUGUGAAUAAAGUUUUAUAUACCGUAAUGCCAGUGGUGCACAUUUAUGCUGUAAUUACGCCUCCGAAAUUUUCCACGCUACUGUAUACUGCACCACUGUACAAAAAGGCCAAUCGAACUGAUUUGAACUACAUUACAUCGUUAUUUCUCGUCACCCUGAAGUCACCAGAGCAUUGGAUUUUGAGGGGUGUUGCGCUGUUAUGUGACAUACAAUAGACUCUACACAUGUUGUGAAAUUUCUUUAUUUCUGAGUUUCUGUUUGAAUAAAAUCAAAAAUUUUUUGA